AUGCGCCGCGCAUGGAACUGGCGCAGAGGAAAGACAGCUGAAGCAACGUGUCAUUUCUGCGGGACCAAGUCGAUUCUCGUGCCGCCGUAUGGCGAUGCUUGCACGGCACGCGUUGCCCAAACAUCAAGCCCCGUACGCUUGUCGUCAGGCACUCGUGCACGCUGGUUCUGCUCCGCGUGUGAGUCUUGGAACCAUACAGAUGCUCAAGGGCACAUUAUGGACCUGUAUGAGCGGCCGAUGUGGGAUGCCUCGGUGAAUCGGAGCCAGCUUGCGACGACGCCUACCAGGACAACGAGCAUGAACGCCGAUGAGCCGGUAUUUUGCCGGAAAUGCCUGGCUAACCAGACCCUUGUUACCAACUUGCUUGCUAGCUACUUGCCUGAUGACGAUGGCAAUGGCAAUGGCAGUCAAGACUCUGUGGCUGACGAUGAGCGCAUGCGAGCCUUUCCCUCCUACAAGCGCUCAUUGGAAGAACGGUAUCCAAUGGUCUGUGCCACAUGCAGCGCGCGUGCCAAGUCCAUUAUUCAAGCAAAGGAUCAGCAAAUCCAACGCGCAUCUCUCGAUGAAUGGCUCGUCAGACGCCAUGUGCCCGCCACUCCUGUAUAUACUCCCCGUGGCGUGUGGCGCUGGCGCUGCGAACAGAGUUGGUGGUUUCUUGCCCACUCACUAGGCCUCUGUAUACCCUUAUGUACGAAUGACCUGAUGGUCGCAGCUCUCUCAUGUCUUCCACCAGGACCGUAUGACCCUUGCUGGCUCCGCGCACAGCUGUAUCGUGCACGCGAUGUGCGGAUGUACUCACAUGGAACAUGGCGCUGGACACUUGUAAAUAUCAGUGUUUGGCUCGCGCGCAUCGCUCAAUAUGUCGGCACCAUGCGCACAAACUCUUGUGCAUUCUUGGCCUGGGCAUCCAGUGGGACGCAAGUCAUCGCUCUUUGUUAUGCAUAUCAUGUUCGGCACGUCACGACGGAAGCGCCCAUUAGCUUGGUUUCGCAUGAUGUGCCAACACAACAUGGCGAUACUCGAAAGGAUCCCCUCGCUGCCAUGUCUCUCAGUGACGAUCGAUGCCCACAGGCGCCACUUGACUCGCUCCUUGAACACACCAAAGUGCCUGAUACUGAGGCGAUGGACGUUGAGCCCAUGGACAUCCCGACGAUCGAGAUGGGACCCCAGCGCUUUGGUGGUGGACGCAUGGCUAGUGGACUCGAAGACCUCUUUGGAUCGGCUCUCUCUCUCGCAACGACCGAGACCGGUUCACACGGUGCGGUACAGGACUCUUCGGACUCGAAGAAACAAAGUCUCAUUGUGCUUGGUAUGAUCUUGGGUGCGGCAGUCGUGACCGGAGUCCUCGCCAUUGUUAUCGCCAUUCAAGGCCAUGUGCCAUGGAAGCGCGGCUUGGACGCUAGGCUGGGCUCAACGUAG